AUGUUUGGCGUAGGGACGCCCAACCUCAACAACAAGUCCAGGAGAACCCGGAAGAAUUUCCCCAAUGUCAAUGUGCUGUAUUGGGAAGCCGCCCAACAAUUGGGAAUCAGGAAGGAAGAUCUCACAAAGCUUAACAUGCCCUUGUCCGGUUUCACUGGAGAUAUAAUUGAACCGGAAGGGUCCAUUAAAUUGGACAUCAUCAUAGGCGAGCAUCCUAAGGUGAGGCAUAUGAGGAUGGAUUUUGUAGUGGUCGACAUCAAAUGCGCUCACAAUGCCAUCUUAGGGAGGCCUGGGCUAGAGGACUUGGGAGGUGCACUAUCCCUUGAACACCUGUGCCUCAAGUUUAGGACUCCCGAAGGUGUUGGGAGGGUCCUUGGUGAUCAGCCCGCGGCCAAGAAGGCCUAUCUAAGCGCCUGUAAGAAGAUAGACAAGGAGAACCUCAACAUCCAAACCAUCGGGCAUGUUUUGGAAGAUAAAGAAAGGAAGGAGGAAGACCGGGAGAGGCCCAAGCCAGCUGUGGAAAUGGAGGAAGUGGUGCUAUUCCCGGAAGGGGAUCAAGAAAAGGUUGUAAGGAUCGGUUUAGGACUAGAGGAGGAUACCCGUGAAGAAAUAAUCCGAGUAUUAAGAGAAAACUCGGUUCUCUUUGCAUGGGAAUCCAAGGAUAUGCCCGGAGUCGAUCCCUCAGUCAUUUGCCAUAAGUUGAACAUCAAGAUGGACUCCUUCCCGGUCAAGCAGAAAAAAAGAUAUCUGUCCACGGACAGAAAAGAAUUUGUGAGGAAGGAGGUGAAAACCCUUUUGGAGGCCGGCCACAUUAGGGAGGUCCAAUAUCCCAAAUGGCUCGCCAAUGUGGUGCUGGCACCAAAAGGGGACACCUUUCGCAUG